CGGCUACAAAGAGAAUGUUUCAUAUAUAAGCGACUAAAUGGACCUGCAAAGCAACAGUUUUUUAACCGCUCCGUUGUCGCACACACAAAAACCACAAUGGACAUUUCGAAAUUAGUAAUAUUACUAUGUUGCACAUACUACAGCAUCGCGUCGCAUCACUCGCACACAAUACCAAUAGAGGGCUACGAAACAGAACUACAGGUUCUUGGCCAACAUGUAGAUAUUCCUGAAACACCCGUGAAAGUAGUUAAAAUCACCAAAACCAUUGCAGUUAAAAUACCCGUACCAUAUCCAGUGAAAGUAAGAGAGAAAGUGCCAUACCCUGUUCCUAUUGCUAAACCUUACCCGGUGCCCGUCCCUCAAAUCAUCAAAGUGCCGCACAUAAUAUCUACCAAAGGAAAUUACGGACAUGAUGGUGCCGGAAGUGGUAGUGAGGGCGCGCAGAGUUCUUAUUUACCGGGUGGCCAAGGCGGCAAUUCCUAUGGGGUUCAGGAAAUCGGAUCAGAUAAUGGAAACUCUUUUGCUCCUUCCGGUGAAGGGCAUGCCUUCGAGGGCGGCAACUCUGGUUACAACCAAAAUGCAGGCUCUUUUGGAGACGAAUACGAAGGAGAGGGAUAUCCUGGCGGUUCUUACGGCGGCCCAUCCCAAAGCUAUAAUGGUUAUUCUAACAAUAAUAACGUCCACAGUUUAUAUUAAUUAAGAAAUAGCGACAAUGAUUUAAAAUAUUUUUAUUGCAAAAUACAGCCGGAAGAUAUAUUGUGAUGAUCAAACCAUAUAGCAAGGAAAUUAUUUUGUUAUAUCUAUAACAAUGGUACUUAACUACAGUGAAAUUAAAAUGGUGAAUACAAUUACCUAGUGUGAUUCAGGAUAUUGUGAGUGAUCAGAAUGAAUUUUAGAGGUAUUUAUUAACAUAAUUCUGUUUGUUACAUAUUGUAUAUAGCAAGAAUAUUUGUUGUUGUAUGUGUGCUACGUAAUAUUGUUAAGUUUGUUGUAAAUUAUUAGUAAAAAGAUUUUGUUACAAAAAAAAA